GCAGCAGCAACAUCCGUGGUGUCCCUGCGAGAACCGUCAACUGUGUCGGUCGUGUCGGUGCCCAACUUUGUCGGAAAGCGCACGCAGGCAGCAGCAGACGACCGGCUGGAGUGGCCAGCAGUGCCGUACCCUAUCGGCGGUCGAUACUGGGGCUGGCUGCCCGUUGCCACCAUCACUGAGUGACACUGAGUGUUUUGAUCGUUUAUUGGGAGUGAUUACAGACAGAGCUUUUGCUUUACUGCUGUUUGCACAACGUUUUUUUUCCAAUUUCGGACGAAGCAGGCGUUGCAGCAACACUACUGAACAACCCUUCCCACCGCCAAUCUCCCGUAGCGCGCUGCACGACAAGAGAGUGUGCGUGGUCGUGUGCAUGUGUGUGUGUGUGUUUGUGUGAACAAAAACUAUCGAUUUAUUGCGCCCCAGGCAAUUCGGAUCGCAAAAUAGUAGCCGAUGUUUACAACGCAAAUUGAAAGCGCCACCCCUCCUCCGCAGCGUUGAAGGCAGGCGGUGAGAGUGACAGCAGGCAGAGGCAUCAACACACAAAAAUGGCCACAAAGACAACGUGAGCGCUAGGUUUUACGUUCUCGAACAGCGUGUGUUACGGUCUCCCUUCCAGCCCAAAAGGGGCAGCACUCGGGGCCGCACUCUUGUGAAGCUGUGCUACUGCGAUGCUAUCCGUGCGUUUUGUGACUAAUGUUGCGGUGCAAUAGAAAAAAACAGGCUGUUUUCCUCGCUCAAAAAGGUAUCUUUCUAACUCGUCCAACCGAUCAGAAUUAGCUGCAAUUGCUUCAGGAGCAUCUGCCCGUCGUCAUUACGCGAAAGGAUCCUAAGAAGAAAACCCUUGAGAAACCGUUUAAGGAUUAUUGGUUCAUCUGAGCUAAACACUUCCGGCGCUCCUUUUCCAAGUGUGUGUGUGCGUGUUUGUGAAUAAGUGUACGUGUGUGUGUGUGUGGACUGCACAACCAUAGCAGGCGAACGGAUUGUGCAUGCGGCCCAGUGUUCCAUUCCUGCACUGUGUCCUCACUGUGUCACGAGCGAGGACGAUUGUGCUGCGCGUGAGGUGGCCGUGAGGCGAAAGUUCUUGGUUCUUGGUUUCAGGAUCUUGCACUUGGGAGUGUGCCCGUGUGCCCUCCCACAUCUACCACUGUUGACAGCUCGACACCGUACAGCGGGAAAAGGGCGACGAUGGCUGUGACGUUGAAGCAGGAGGUUAAUUUAUCGCGCCGUGCCUGCAGGCCAACAACCACCAACAACGACGACUGUUUGCAAGAGCAGAGGACGCUGUUGACGACGCCCACCGAAGAAGGGUCGUGGCACAACGACACUUGCUACGGUGGCGGUGGUGCUAACAGCCGCUUGGUGACGGUACCAGCACCCGCAAAGGAACUCACGGACUCGAGUCGAAGUGGUGGCCUACCAUCGUCGUCGUCGUCGUUGUCGUGCCUGCUGGCUACCAUCGUGAUGUGGUGUACGGGUCAAGUGUUAUUAAAGCUACGCCAGGCCGACCAGGGUGGCUGGCGGGAGGUGCAACAGCCGCCGCGGCUUAGCCGACUGUGUAUAUACGUAGUGUUCUGCAGUGCUUUGCUGUCCCACAAUGCCUUCGUUCUAGCUAGGCCAAACCUAAGCGCACCGGCCAGCGGCGAAAAGGUGCCGGUCGGUCAAUUAUCGCCCCUGGAUCUGGCGUUCGAUGCCAGCAGCGGAUCGCUAACGAGUGCGAGUCAAUUAAAACGUUCUGCCGAGGCGGCGGCCAUCAUCGCAUCGACCGCACCGUCCGCGGACGGCGGCGCUGGCCACGAGGCGGAGGAUACGGCGCUCGGGCAUGGCCGGGUCGGCGAGGGCGAGGGCGGCGAGCACGGGGGCGAACACGUCGUCGAGCGGUAUCCCGUAUCGCAGGUGGACUUUUCCCGCGUCGAAACACCGUUCGUGAUCGGCGUCUGGAUUCUGUCCGCCAGCAUAGCAAAGAUUGGGUUCCACAUGACGCCCAAGCUGAGCCGCAUCUUCCCCGAGUCCUGCCUGCUGAUCGUGGUCGGCGUCAUCAUCGGGGUGCUGCUGCGGUACGCCACCAACCUGCACGUGUCACCGCUGACACCGAACACGUUCUUCUUCUACAUGCUGCCGCCGAUCAUCCUCGACGCGGGCUACUUCAUGCCGAACCGCAUGUUCUUCGACAACAUUGGCACCAUCCUGCUGAUGGCCGUGAUCGGUACGAUAUUCAAUAUCGCCACCAUCGGCGGGUCGCUGUGGGCCUGCGGUCAAACCGGCAUCUUCGGCGUCGACCUGCCGUUCCUGCACAUCUUCCUCUUCUCGUCGCUGAUCGCGGCCGUCGAUCCGGUGGCGGUGCUCGCCGUCUUCGAGGAGAUUCACGUGAACGAGGUCCUCUACAUCGUGGUGUUUGGUGAAUCGCUCCUGAACGAUGCUGUCACGGUCGUUAUGUAUCACAUGUUCGAGGUGUACAACGAGAUUGGUGCUAGCGAAAUCAUCGCGGUCGAUAUCGUGUCGGGCAUUGCGUCAUUCUUUGUGGUCGCACUCGGCGGUACCAUUAUCGGUGUCAUCUGGGGCUUCCUGACCGGGCUGGUGACACGGUUCACCGAUCACGUGCGCGUCAUCGAACCGAUCUUCAUCUUUGUGAUGGCUUAUCUGGCGUACUUGAAUGCGGAAAUUUUCCACAUGAGCGGUAUCUUGGCUAUCACCUUCUGUGGAAUAACGAUGAAAAACUACGUCGAGCAGAAUGUGUCGCACAAAUCACACACUACCAUUAAGUAUGCACUGAAAAUGUUGUCCUCCUCGGCGGAAACGAUCAUCUUUAUGUUCCUCGGCGUGGCCACUGUUAACAACAAACAUGUGUGGAACACUUGGUUCGUUUUGCUGACAAUAAUCUUCUGUUCGGUGUAUAGAAUUUUAGGUGUUUUGAUACUGUCAGCGUUAGCGAAUCGUUUUAGAAUACACAAGCUUACUAAAGUAGAUCAAUUUGUUAUGUCUUAUGGAGGCCUUCGUGGAGCCGUUGCGUUCGCUUUGGUGCUGCUGGUGGACGUGAACCACAUUCCGCUGCAGCCAAUGUUCUUGACGACAACGAUUGCGGUCGUUUACUUUACCGUGUUCCUGCAGGGUAUCACCAUCAAACCGCUAGUCAAAAUACUGAACGUGAAGCGCUCGAGCAAGCGGAAACCGACCAUGAACGAGCGCAUCCAUGAGCGGUUUAUGGAUCACAUGAUGGCCGGCAUCGAGGAUAUCGUGGGCAAGACGGGCAACUACAAUAUACGCGAUAAGUUUAAGAGAUUCGACAAUAGGUUCAUUCGUCCAUUAUUGAUCAAGAAUUUACAGGGUCCGGAGCCGAAGAUUUUGGAAACCUACUCUAAGCUAACGAUGCGCGACGCGAUGGACUACAUGCGGCGCAACCCAUCCACCAUCGGACAAAUGUCUGGAACUGAAUCAAUGAGUGCAUUAUUUAGAAACUACACGUCCUACUUCGGCGGAAGGUGCGGCGCCACAAUGCUCGGCACAUGCCCUAGCUUUACGAACCUGGAAAAUUCGACCCGUAACCUGGACAUGCAGGAGCUGGACUACAAUCCCUCGAAGAAAGACUUAACGGAUGCCAAAAUACAUCAUCUGCUGUCGGAAGAGCUUAAACCGUACCGCCGGGCUUCACUACAUACGCAUCGAAGACUUAGCUACAGCCGGCACGCUGUUGACGAUCGGGAUCUAUCAACACAGGUCAACUAUAAAAUGCAGAUGAACAUACGCCGUAUGAUUAGUGAGAAAAAGCAUCACAAGCGCAGCAAACGUGUGAAGGAUGGCAAGCAGCAGAACCACGUCUCGUUCCCCGAGUUUGUGCAGAACGGAUCCGCAAAACAGUUUGCGAACGAUUACAUCAACGAAGUGCUGCACGAAGACAACGAGGAUGAAGAAAGACAGGCGGCGGGACCGUCGGAAGACUGGGACGGAGGUGGCCUAACGUUUACCGCCAAGUCAUCGCCCGAAUCGCCGGCUGUAAGUGUAAAGCAAUCGCUCACCGGCGGAGGCGACCGUGGUGCAAGUAAGCCAACCGCCACUUCUUCUACUACUACUACUACUACCGCUAACAACAACAACAACAGCUCGCUGAUCGCACACAUUACAAGCCUGCCCGGGUUUGAUCCCACCAAGGCACGCAUUGUGAAGCACUACACGAGCAAGUUUGCCUCCUCGUCCUCCGAUCCUUCCACCUCGUGCCCGUCCGGCAAUCACCCCACCACCCACAGUCACCCCGAGUCCCACAGUAAAGCCAAUAGAAACACCCUCACACUCAACACGUACAACAACAACAGUAACUUCAGCAUCAGUUCCGCCUCCGACCGGGAACGGAUCACGCCGACGGCGGCCGAAUCGUUCCUCCCCUGGCGCAGGGACCGAUCCUAUCAGACCUUCGUUGACGAGAGAGGUGCGGCAAAGGAAGAUAAGCGAUUCUCGCGAGAGUCACGCUUUUUGGAGUCGGAGCAACGUGUCGCUACGCCGACCGCGAUCGAGUCCGUCCUGCCCUGGAAGCGGGUGGACGAGAGUGACGAUAAUGGUGCUAUCAAACAGAACGAAUUCCCCUCGUGGGCUUCGAACAAGGAGUAUCUAGCUUACAAUUCACCAAGUGCAACAUUUUUGGGUGGCUUAACGCAACCUAAACAGGCUAAGUCCGUAAUAGGUCUGUUCCGGCGGGAGAGUUCCGGCUCCGGUGGGGUCGUCAUCGGCGGCGUGACGGAUUCCGAGACCUCGACCCCGGUGGCGGCGACGACACCGGUCGGCCGGAUGGCGGCCGUCCCGAAGGACAAGCGGUCGGCCUCGAUCGCCGGCUACAUCACGAUCGAUGGCGGCGACACGGCCGGCAACCCGAUGCUGGAUCCGCUCGGCAUUUCCCGGGCGGGGCCGCACGCGACCGCCUUCCCGGUUACCGCCAGCCAUCGGCGCAACAACCGCCGUGGCUCGAUGCUGGAGCUAAGCGGCGAGGCAAUCCCAGAAGAAAACUACACCAAAUCCCUGCCCGAGCGAGACAAGUACGGAGCCCGCCGAGCACCAGCUCUAAUCAAAGCGUCAUCCACCAACACGCCUAAAUCGGCCGGCCGACGGUCGGGCGGCGGCGGCGGCGGCCCCGUAAACCCCCAAACCACGGCCCUGCUUUCCGCCAGCUCCACCGACUCGGACGAGGACGAUGAGGAGGAGGGCAGUGGCGACCGGCACCGGGCCGACGACGCGACGCGCCGGCUAAAUGGCGCGGGAAACAACGACGAUGAGGACGAGGACGACGACGAGGACGACGACGAUGAGGACGAAGACUGUGCGGACGAGCAGCACCCCAUAUGAGAAAUAUUCAUCUAGGGUAGUCGCGCUCGCACUAUCGUGGUAAUACAUCUGUCUGUCUGUCCGCCGGGAAGCACCUGGCGGCGGCAUCACUGGUUGGCCGACCAAGCAAAAUGCGGCCGCAAACAACGCACAACACAAGCAACCGUGAUUCGGAGGGCAGUUUUGCAAUCCCAGCAACCUGUUUAGCGCUUCUUCCAACCAAACUUCCGCAUUCGAGCAGUACCCGAUGCCUUAGCGUGCGAGUGAGAGAAUGAGAGAGCGAGAGAGAGAGGGAGAGCACAGUGUACGGGCAAUGAGUAGGCCGUUACUGUUACUUUGUUACCGGCGGUUACACGUUUCGGGUGUGUAACGCUUGCGUGUGAUGCAGCGUGUAACGCUUCAUUUUCUCGUAGCCUCAAUUAAACCUGGUGUGUCGUGCACCGCACAGAUAGCAUAUCCGAAAAGGUAGCCAAGGAGGCGUGUCCUAAUGACCGUGAACGCUGGAGUGUUCGUUCACUUAUGAGCUACUACUACUACUACUAAUAGUACUACUACUACUACUACAACUACUAUCUACUUGAUCGUUGCGUUACGUUUGCAGAAAGUAUUCGAAAUCAUUCCGUUUGCGUUCAGUGGGAAGCGUUAAGUGUUAAGCAAGAGCGUUACUAGCGAAUGCUCAGUACUGUCAAAAAGUGAACCAAGCUGUACCCAGUCGUACUUAGUAGUUAGCAGGCAAAGUAGGAACGAUAGAGAGAAGGUGAUAGGAAAAAAGGAGAACUGUGAGAAAGGUAUAGUUUAUUUUGUGGGAGUAGAAAUUUUAAAAGACGACAAAACAAUCGAUCGUUAGUUUGUAAUGUAGUGAAAACCAAAACGAGGGGGAAAGUAUAAACGAUUAAUUUUACAUAAUUUACACAAUCGUGUGCUAGUUUCAUUGACGCAAGGGCACGGAACAUGUUGCUUCCUUUCCCAUACAAAAUACACACACACACAAAUUUGGUGCUAUAACAACGUGCAAGAAAUAGAUCGAUCUACUUGCUACAUUCAAUGGUUAGAGACAGAUAGGUAUGUAUGUGGUUACAUAUUUGGCAGAGGAUUUAUUAGACGCACCUAGCGCGUACCUAGUGGCAGCUUCACAUCCUCUACCGAAAUCGCGCGGGGCUUUAGUUUUGAACAGUGUAGUGUUUGGGUAGUAAUUCAACUCAAAUUUUGCACCUUUGCGUUUUUCUUUCACCGAUAAUAUCAUCGGCUGCUACCGAAAAACGGCAAGCAGAGACUCCCGCACCACCAUCCACAUCGAAAGAUCAACUCCGAUAGGCCACCAAACUAUGUUACGUUAGACAAUUUCAAUGUAGGGAUAAUUUUUAACUACACGCAGCCUCUAUCGAAAUGGUGGAAGCUGAUUAAGGUCUCUUAGUGUCUAAAGAGCAUACUAAGAGAAGAGACAUAGUAAAAAAAAAAGAUCAGUUACCAGCGCAGUACGUCCAAACUAUCUACCGUGUUUCGAUGGAUACGUUUAGAUGCUAGACAGAUAGAACAUACCUUGUGGAGCUGCACAAACACAGCCAACCAACUAUCAGAUGCAAUGCUUUGACGCUUUGCUUCCAAAGUAGUAAAUAUCUAAUUUCAAUGUUCACAGUUUCUGGCCUCUGUUUUGCCUUGAUUUUUUAAUUCUUUAAAGCACAAGAAUUUCUUUCAAUGAGGAAGAGAGGCUCAAAACACGCGAACAAAACACUUAAAACCCAAUAGGAGAUAUUAAAUCAAGUUCUUAUACCUUGCAACAGUUACUUAAACCGGUGAUCCUUUGCUCCCAUGCUGAUAUGGAUGGAUGGCACAAAUACGCUAUGAUUUAGUUAGCUUGCCGAAUAAAGAAGAAUUGUAUUUAGUUAUUGAAUUGUAGCAUUAUGUAGACCAAUGACAAAAACAAAGAAAACACACACACAAAAACAUAAAGAAGGUAUUAUUACUCAACAGUAUCGGGGUGUAACAGUUUAGGUAUAACUGAGGUUAUUUUUGGACAGUAGAAGGGUAGCAGGCGUGUGGGAGAGGGCACGCCCCGCAAGCAGUAAGAUACACACACACAAAAGUGCAGUUACGUGUGUUACGGUAAGCUGCCUACUAGUAGGAGUACAGUUGGUGGAAAUUAAGAAGUGUGUUACGAACGUUACGACCAUUACGCGUCACGUUUACCAGUUGGUACAACCAAGAUACUUAAUUAUGCCAUUUCUGUGCAUUCUCGUAACGCGUUUGCUGUUUGCUUCUUCGGUAUUAUGCUAUUCUUUUUUGAACAUUUUUUUUUGUCUAUAGAUUUUUCUGAAAAGAUGGAUAUUAUUAUGAUUUCCGUUUUAAAUUCCGCAUUCUAAGGUGCAUUAUUCCAUUAUGUUUGUCAAAGUUACUCGUUAUUUUCGAUCCUUAAAAUUUAAAUACUAAAAAGGAAACUAAACUGGGCAAUUUAGUUCACCUGGUACGGGCUUUAAGCAGCGGCAUCUUGGAUUAAAAGUGGGAAAAUUCAAGUGAUGGCCAACAAAAACAAAAAAAAAACAAUUACAUACUGUCUGUCCAAUCCAAGAUGGCAGCGACGUUACGCGGGCGUUACAUUGGGGCGUUACCGGCCAUUACAUGUCAGAGUGAACUGCGGAUAGCAAAAAACCAAUACAUCGUUGAUAAUAAUAGCAGCAACCUUAACGACUGUAGGUCAACUAAACAUUUUACAGCAACAGCCUGUACACGCGUACAAGUGUGAAUAAAAUAAUAAAAAUAAACAAGCAAAAGUAAAUCGCAAACCAUCUCUCCCUCCCCUUCCCAAUUCCGGCGUACCCGGGAGUGCUUAUUUGUCCGCAGUGACACAACCCCCCGACCCAGGUGAUCCUCACCUACACAUACACACAUACACGACACCUAAGCCCCCCAAUCUUAGGCAAACCUUUUCCCCCCGUUGUUCGCAAGCAGCAGUAGAAUAUGCAGCAGAGCAUCUACACCAUUACCGAAAUAAAAUGGGGAAAGAAGCAAAAAGGUAUGAAGGGGGAUGAUGCGUAUGUGUGUGUGGGUGUGAGAGAUUGAAACGAAAAAAGUAAUGUGUGUGUGGAAGCCGCGUUUAUCAGAAAGCCCACCAGCAGAGAGGAGUGGUUUACUUUUAAAACGAAACUGUACUUAAGGUGAUACAUUUGGCUAAAAACUAGGCAAGCGCAAAGCUGGGGGAGGGGGGUAUUGGGAAGAAAAAGGAUACAAUAGCCUGUUUGUGAAACUAACUCAAUCAAUAAUUGCAAUUGUAAUUUGAAUGAGGAUAUGGUAAAACAACACAGAGAAGGAACGAAAAAGUAACACACAAAUAGACAAACAAACUCAAAAGUUCUAUACACACAGCGAGACAAAACAGAUUAAGGACAGUCGAUUGUUUGGUACGACAGUUUCCGCUGGUGGUGGUACUGUAUUUAAAAUAAAAGGGAACUGCAAAGGGUAGAAAAAUAAAACGAACAAUAUCGUACGGGUUAAUGAGAGCGCAGGAUGGCUGGUAGUUAAAUAAAACCAGAAAAAUAAACGAAACCUAAUGGAUCAAGAAUAGAUAACAGAACGAGAGAGAGAUAGAGAGAAGAAGAUAGAAAGAGUAUAGGCAAUCUACUAAGUGGGAAAGGCGAAAGGUAAACAAUGUAAGUAUGUAAUUGAACGUGGCACGUGUGACAGAGAAGCAGACGGGAUGUGUAUAAUAAACUCGAAGAAGGAGAAGUAGAAGAAGAAGAGAAUUGAAAACGAA